AUAGACUUGGACAAUGGUUCGCUAAUGCCAAAUACCUUCACAAUGCAAGAGAUCAUCAGACUAGCUGUUGAUAAUUAUCAUGAUGACUUAGAGAAUGGCAUACCAGCUGAACGUCCAUACGUGUUCACCAUACGAAAAGGGACACGAGUUCCAGAGAUGCUUGUGCUACAGAGACCCAAGAUUGCUCAGUUUUCGUUGCACCUUUCUCUCUCUGCAAAUACUCAGGCCGCCCGUUUCAUAGAUCAGGCACUAGACGACUUCUACAAGGAGUUUGCGGACAAGAGAGAUGCUUGCGAUUGGCUGGAUAACCAUAAGUUUGAGGAGGCCUCUACAGAUGAUGCUGAGAAAGAGUGGAUGAAAUUGUAA